AUGGCUUUGGACUCAUUGCCGAACGAAAUAUUACAAACCAUUGUUUCAAUAGCAGGUACAACCAACCUCAUUGGGCUAUUAUCAGAUAAGUUAUUCUUACUGCGGAACAAGAACUUGAAACUGGCCGUUAACCAUGAGAUAGAGAAGAAGUCAAAGUACAAAUUCGACAACCGAGUGACUCUAUUAGACAUGUCCAAUUUUGGAAAUUGGAAAGAGCUGAAAUCGUUGGGGGGUAUAGACCAUUUUAGAGAUACAAAAGUGUCAAAUUUUAUGGGUGUUGAGGAAUUUAAAUUCUUUGAUGACUAUUGCGUGGAAGAAAGGCUUCAAGUUGAAUGCACAGUGCGCUAUGAAAUUCAAACAAUUGUUGAUUAUUUCGAAUUUGAAAAACUAGUGGCCAGUUUGAACUCGAGCAAGUAUGCUAGAUUGGCUUUAAGUGUGCAUAUCGAUCACAUGAAUCGAAUUAAUGGCUCAGAGUUGCUUGAGAAGUUGACUCAUUUAAAGGAUCGCGUUAGUAAGCUAUCAUUAGAUAUACUGCUGGAAUUUGAGCAUGAAAUUAAUUUAGACAUUUUUGAAAACCUCGAGUCUUUGGAAAUAUCUGGUGAGCAGUACCAAGGCUCCUUGUUGAAUUAUCGCCGCCUUAAAGAGCUAUCACGUCGUUUUGCAUCCCUUGAUAUAACCAAACUUCCACUAUCGUUGGAGAGCCUCUAUAUAGCUCACUGUGAUGUUGACAGGCCUGUGCUGAAUCCAGACGCCCUAAAAUUACCAAUCCUCAAACACAUCUCCUUUUUAGACCUGGACCGUUACUUUUCAGACGACAUAGAGGUUAUUCUUCGUUACAUGAUCAGUUCAGAAGUUAAAAGCAUCACAUUUGAGGGUGAGGGAACAAUGUACGAUGACAAUUGGUUUUUGGAGUUGUUGAAAGAUGUUGCAAAUGUAAAAAAUUUCAAAUUGGAAUCUUUGUCAGUAACUGGUCCUCUUGGUAUUCCGUUGACAAUCUACCCUUCACGCAGACUUGUAUUCAAUAACAACCAAGUACAUUGUCCCGUACAUGAUUGGCCUACACUUACCGCUAUUCCUAAUACCUUAACAGAAUUGACAUUGCACAAGAUUUCUUUUAGUUUGGGAGAGCUUUUCGCCACAAAUCCUUUGGGCUUGAAAGUGUUAGAUUUAAGCAACUGCUCAAUCAACUUUUAUGACGCCGAACCAAAUUUCAGGAAGUUUAAAACCUUAAGAUAUCUUGACUUGAGUGAGAACGAUAUUGGGGAACAAAUUCUAAGUUUCCAGUUCCCAGACUCAGUUGAAUCUCUUUCUUUACAUGUUAGUCGAAUCGAAUCUCUUUCUGGGGUUAAUUUUCCAUUGUCAUUGGCCAAUCUCGAUGUUUCUUCAAACAACAUCCAAUCGUUGGAUGGUACUAUUUUUCCACAAAGCCUUUCUCGACUCAAUAUUACUGGCAACAAGAUAAUUAAAUUACGUGGCGACAAUUUUCCAUUGGCGCUACAACGGCUUGAUGUAAGUAAUGCAACAAAUAUCGACAUCUCCAAGAACAGAGAUGGUGCUCCACUCCAAAUUGAAAGUUUGAAUCUAGAAGACUCGAACAAUGGCUCACAUUAUAUAUUACCAAAUAGCUUACAAAGCAUACGAUUGGCAAACAUAAAUUGGCCAAGUAACCAUGCUUUUGCAGAGAACUUGGUGCGUUUGAAAAUGGUUCGUUGUUCCAUCGAAUUGAGAUGUUCAACAUUUGGGUCUGCUUCAAAGCUACAAUAUCUAUACAUGUCGGGGUGUAAUCUCAAAAGAUUUGAUAUAAAUCUUCCUCAAUCACUCAAGGAAUUACACUUGAAUUCUAAUAACUUGUCUGAGAUACCACCUCACGCUGGUCAAUUGAAGAACUUGAGGAUAUUGCGUCUUGAUAGAAACAAUAUAACGAAAGCCAGUGUUGAGUUUUCCCAUAAUUCAUUAGAAGUCCUUGAUCUUUCUGAGAAUCAGAUUGAGGAACUUCAAUUGUCCUUCCCAGAUGGUAAUACAAAACUCAAACAGAUUUAUUUGAAGAAGAAUAAAUUGAAAGAGAUAUCUAUGGAGUCUAUCGGGCAUAAGGGUAAAUCCAAGCACACUAGGUUGUAUGAGUUAGUGUUGGAAGGUAACAAGGGCCUAAGCGGAGAGCAAGUAGCGGCUUUGGCACCACACUUAUCAAAAUUUGCUCGAUACUUAUGGGGUCCUGAAGCUGGAAUUGUACCUAAUCUGUCUCGUUUACAUUGCACAAUUAACCACUUAGCUGAUGAUCUGAAUCAAAGUGAUUUUUAUUAUUGA